AUGAAGUUUGGAGAGCACUUGCGCAAGGCGCUCAUCAAAAACUACCUGUUUUACUACAUUGACUACGAUGACCUCAAACAUCAGUUGAAGAAGCACUUGAAGGAGAAUGACUAUGAGUGGACCGACGAAUUCGAGGAGCAGUUUGUCUCUGCGUUGGAGGCAGAGUUGGACAAAGUGUACUCGUUUACAAAAGUGAAAAACACAGAGGUCAACCGCAGAAUUGAACAGGCAGAGAAGUACGUUCAUGAGGUUGUGGAUGCGUUGCAGAGCCAAAACCCCAAGACAAAGAAGCCGCUGGAGCAGGACUUCGAAGACUUGGAAGAGGAUCUAUCGGAUAUCAUUGCAGAUGUGCACGAUUUGGCCAAAUUCACCAGGCUCAAUUACACAGGUUUCCAAAAGAUCUUGAAGAAGCAUGACAAGACAACGUCGUACAGCUUGAAGCCCAUUUUCCAGGUUCGUUUGAACGCCAAGCCGUUUUUCAAGGACAACUACGACAAGCUCAUUGUGAAAUUGUCGAAGUUGUAUGAUUUGGUGAGAACAAGAGGUAAUCCUGUUAAGGGAGACGCCUCUGCUGGAGGCUCGCAGCAGAACUUCGUGAGACAAACCACAAAGUAUUGGGUCCAUCCAGACAACAUCACCGAGUUGAAGUUGAUCAUCUUGAAGCACUUGCCCGUGUUGGUGUUCAAUGCAGAAAAGGAGUUUGAGCCGGAGGACUCUGCUAUCACCUCUAUUUACUUCGACAACAAGGACAUGGACUUGUACUAUGGUCGGUUACGUAAAGAUGAAGGUGCCGAAGCCAUAAGAUUGAGGUGGUACGGUGGCAUGAAGAGCGACCAGAUCUUCGUCGAAAGAAAGACCCACAGAGAGGACUGGACCGGCGAGAAGUCAGUCAAAGCUCGUUUUGCUUUGAAGGAGAAGAACGUCAAUGCUUUCCUUAGAGGUGAGUACACUGCCACCCAAGCAUUCGAGAAGAUGAGAAACGAAGGCAAAAAGUCUCAAAAAGAGAUUGACAACUUGGAGCAGUUGGCCAAGGAAGUCCAGUAUUCUAUUUUGAAACACAAGUACCGGCCUGUGAUGCGCUCCUUUUACAACAGAACCGCUUUCCAGCUUCCUGGCGAUGCUCGUGUGCGUAUUUCUCUCGAUACAGAGUUGUGCAUGGUUCGUGAAGACAACUUUGAUGGCUACGACAGAACCCACGGUAACUGGAGAAGGAUGGAUAUCGGUGUGGAUUGGCCCUUCUCUCAGCUUCCAGAAAGAGACAUUUGCAGGUUCCCCUACGCUGUUUUGGAGGUGAAGUUGCAGACCCAGUUGGGCCAGGAGCCUCCUAUUUGGGUCAGAGACUUAGUCGCCAGUCACUUGGUGGAAGCUGUGCCAAAAUACUCCAAGUUCAUCCAUGGUGGAGCCACUCUCUUGACUGACAGAGUGAACUUGUUGCCUUUCUGGUGGCCCCAAAUGGAUGUGGAUAUUCGUAAGCCCAGAGUGCAACAGGGUUACGGUAUUUCCAGACAGCAACAGAGACAAAAAUCGUCAUCGUCUGGCGGUGAGUUGGACGAAGAGGAAAUGUUGCUGGAAGAGAUCCACAGAUACUCCUCAGUGCAUUUCUCCAACGACACGAACCCAUUGGAGGAAGACUUGGACGAGUUAUCCCCAUUGCUUUUGCCCGCUAGCUACUCCGGUAGAAGCAAUUCUCCAGUUUCCAAUUUCUUCAGAAAGCUUUAUGCCAAAUUCUUGCAUGUCUUCAACGAUGAUCGUACCUUCACCAUCAAACCGGGUACUGACUUUGACAUCAACUCGACGUUUGCUUCCAAAUUACCCAAGGGCAAGAAGAUCUGUGUGCCCAUUAGAAUCGAGCCAAAGGUUUACUUCGCUGCUGAGAGGACCUUCUUGUCGUGGUUAUCUAUUGGUAUGAUUCUUGGUGCUACUGCAACGACCUUGCUUAACUAUGGUGACAAGUCGUCGCUAGUGGCUGCUGUUGGCUUUUUCAUUACUGCCUUGUUUACCUUGUCGUACUCCAUUUACAAGUAUGUCGCUAGGACUUUGGCUAUCAGAGAGAAGAAGAUCACCCAGUACGCCGACAAAUUUGGACCAAACAUGAUCUGUUUAUUCAUUGCUGCAGCAACAUUUUCCACCUUCCUUUUCAAGUUUACUGAAGCCUAA